GUCGCCUGCUAAUCGCAGGGUUGGCGGUUCGAUUCCCGACCCACAUGACUCCAAAUGCCGAAGUGUUCUUGGGCAAGACACUGAACUCCAAGUUGCUCCAGAUGGCAGGCUAGUGCCUUGCAUGGACGAUGGCCCCCAGCUGAAGGCUGUGACGGAAAGAGACUGAGAUGGAGUUAGACGCCACUGCUGCACUGGGCAUAUGGGGCAACAGCUCCAUUCCUGGUUUCCUCCUCAGCGAGAACAUUCUCAAUGACACCUGCACUUUCAACACUUCAAACUGCACCAAUGGGACAGAUACUGGGAACCAGUCAGGAACUAGCAUGGCUGGAAUCCUUAUUCCUCUCAUUUACAUAAUUGUUUGCAUCGUUGGCUUGGGAGGAAACUCUUUGGUCAUCCACAUUGUCCUGCACUACUCCAAGACAGAGUCAGUGACCAACAUCUACAUCCUUAAUCUAGCUAUAGCUGAUGAGCUUUUCAUGUUGGGCCUUCCAUUCCUAGCUGUGCAGAAUGCCAUGCACUCCUGGCCCUUCGGCUCCUUCACGUGCAGACUGGUAAUGACUGUAGAUGGCAUUAACCAGUUCACCAGCAUUUUCUGCCUAACUGUGAUGAGCAUUGAUCGCUACCUGGCUGUAGUUCAACCUAUUCGAUCAUCUAAGUGGAGGCGACCUCAAGUGGCAAAGGCUGUGAAUGGGACAAUCUGGGCAUUCUCCUUUUUGGUAGUCUUGCCUGUGGUGAUUUUUGCUAACGUGCAACGAGAGGGAGGAAUCUGCAACAUCAUUUGGCCAGAGCCAGCCAGAAUCUGGGGAGCAGCAUUUAUCAUCUACACCUCAACUGUUGGGUUUUUCUUUCCCCUGUUAGUCAUCUGCAUGUGCUACCUCCUCAUUGUGAUCAAGGUCCGCAGCUCGGGAAAGAAAGUUCAUGCCACCUCUACCAAACGACGCAAGUCAGAACGAAAGGUCACACGAAUGGUGGUGAUAGUGGUGGCUGUGUUUGUUCUUUGCUGGAUGCCGUUUUACGCUCUCAACAUCAUAAACCUGGUUGAAUCACUGCGUGAUGAGCCACAGGGUCUUCACCUUUUUGUAGUAGUUUUAUCUUAUGCUAACAGCUGUGCCAACCCUAUCGUUUAUGGCUUUCUCUCGGACAACUUCAAGCGAGGUUUCCGGAAGGCUCUGUGUCGCUCCUCGCGGAGGGUGGAGAACCAUGAGCCCACAGAGCAGCAGCAUCAGGAGGAAAGAAGGAGGGUGCUAAUGCCCAGGGAAAGUCUUAGAAGAGCAGUGAGAGAUGAUGAAGAUGAGGAAGAAGAAGAGUACAGGGAGGAGGUGACAGAGAUGACAGAAAUCUGCAGGAUUACUCAGAAUGGAAAUGGAAGUGGGCAACCUGAAAGCACACGUUCCCUUUUCAUGGAGAGACCCUCAGCUCCAGGGGUUUCUGAGAUCUGUUCCCCAGACAGGAGAGGCUCAGGUGGGGAAGCCAUUGGAAAAGGGAUGGGCUUUGGGCCUGCUGCAACCCUUUUGAAUGGGGCCAAAAAUGGGAAUGUGAAAACACUGCCAGAGGAACCUGUGGAAAAGAACAGCUCAUUGGAAAUUAGCUACUUGUAAAAUAGCUGACAGGAUUUAUCCUAGCUGGAAAACAGUAUUAUUGUACAAGCCUGCCUACUUCAAAAGAGCACUUUGUACCUUUUCUAUCAACUCUUCUCAAUGUAAGAAUGGCUUUUCACAC